AUGCCACCAAUCCAAUUCGGCAUCCUCCUCAUCCCCUUCCAAACCCUCGAUGUCGCCGGCCCAACCGACAUCCUCUCCUCCACCUCAAAACCCUACCUCGAAGCCUUCACCAAAGCCGGCCUCUUCACCCAAUACUACACCUCCCCCACCUCCCCCGCCUACCUCUCCAUCCCCGCGCGCGCCAUCGACAUAGAAUUCCACCACAUCGCCGAAACUCUCUCCCCCGUCCCCCUCACCUCCGGCUUCCGCGUCCUCCCCACAACCACCUGCGACGAUGCCCCGGAUCUCGAUUACCUGCUCAUAGGCGGCCCUGACCCCGCAACUUAUACGCUUAGUGAGAGGUUUGCGGAGUAUGUGAAAGAACAUGUGAAGAAGGGGAAGGGGGUAUUUACUACGUGUACGGGGGGAUUGAUUAUUGCGCCGACGGGCGUGCUGGAUGGGGUGAAGGCGACUACUAAUCAUGUUUGUCUUGAGAUGGCGAGGGCGCUGAGGCCGCAGGUGGAGUGGGUGGGUGAGCAGUGGGUUGUUGAUGGGAGGGGGGGGCAGUUUUGGACUGCGGGGGGCGCUUGCGCGGGGAUGGAUAUGUUCGCGCAAUGGGUCAAGGAGAGAUAUGAUGCUGAUAUCGUGCGCUUAGGCCUUGAGAGUCUGGAUUUCAGACCAAGGGGCUUGGAUGGGAAGGCGGUUGUGCAUGAGUGGGAGGUGUGA